CAGUGCCAGCCCAAUAGACUGAUGAGUUAUUGUCAUGUAAAAAAGCGCUAGCAAUAAGACCAAACGCUUUGCUAUUGUCCAAGCGGAAAGAGCCAAGUUUAUUAUGAGGACUAUAUGCUCUAGAGACCUCGGGCUAGGCGGCUCUUAGGGGGCUUUUCAUAAAACAGGGCUAGGUUCCUAUAAAGGAGGCCAGUUUUGGAGCAGGCGCUGAGCAGUGAACAUCUACCCACCGUCCAGCCUUUUUUUUUCCAAUCAGUUCAAACCAAACAAGUAAUCUUUCCCCCCAAACUCAGACCGCGCGUCCUCCUCAUUUUUGUUUUUAUUAUUUUUUUCUUUCAAACCCAUUUUUUGGGUGUUUUGUUUGCCAUUUUUUCCAGGGAAGUGCAGCUUUCUAACUCUACCGAGCCUUCUCAAAUGUAUAAAAUGGAGUAUUCUUACCUAAAUUCCUCUGCCUACGAGUCAUGUAUGGCCGGGAUGGACACUUCGAGCUUGGCAUCGGCCUAUGCGGACUUCAGUUCGUGCAGUCAAGCCAGUGGGUUUCAGUACAAUCCCAUCAGGACCACUUUUGGGGCCACCUCCGGCUGUCCGUCUCUCACGCCGGGGUCCUGCAGUCUGGGGACCCUGCGGGACCACCAGAGCAGCCCGUACGCCGCAGUUCCAUACAAACUCUUCACGGAUCACGGGGGACUGAACGAGAAGAGAAAGCAGAGGCGCAUCCGGACCACUUUCACCAGCGCACAGCUGAAGGAGCUGGAGCGGGUUUUUGCUGAAACACACUACCCGGACAUCUACACUAGAGAGGAGCUGGCACUCAAAAUCGAUCUGACUGAAGCCAGAGUGCAGGUAUGGUUCCAAAACCGACGUGCCAAAUUCCGCAAGCAGGAGCGGGCUGCAGCUGCAGCCGCUGCUGCAGCCAAGUCCAGUUCUGGAAAAAAGUCCGAUUCGAGAGAUGAAGACAGCAAAGAGACCAAAACCACCGACCCUGACAGCACAGGAGGACCGGGCCCGAACCCCGUGCCCACCUCCAACUGCGGCGGGCCGAGCCCUACUGCAGGCCAAGUCAACACCACCGGGAACGGACAAGCGGACCAAGUGAAGACCUCCGUGUCCACCGGCAUGGGAGUGACAGCACCAAGCCAAGGCUGGGCCACCGCACCGGGGACCAUCACCUCUAUCCCGGACUCAUUGGGCGGGCCCUUCGCCAGCGUACUGUCGUCUUUGCAAAGACAGAACGGAGCCAAAGCUACGUUAGUAAAGACCAGCAUGUUCUAAUGAAGCUUCACAUCGGGGAAAGAGAAGCAGAGCAGGGGAAGAGAGAUACGUUUCCUCCUUCUCUGGAGACUGAAAAGCAAUCGCCCAAGACUGACUUAAGGACAACAAAAAGCAGUUAGGAAAAAAAGAUUACUACUGUUAUCUUUUAUUUUUACGCCUUGCGUCGUUUCUUGUGGCCAGUUGGCAGUUUGCGGCAAACAUAUCCAUCUUGACAAGUCAGAUCGUCUUAUAAUAAUAAUAAUAAUAAAAAAAAAAAGUUAUUUU